AUGAGUUUCAGGGAAGAGACUGGAGAUGCCAGGGAUCUUCAGAAACCGUUUCUGCACACCGGGAGUUGGUACAAGAUGGGUUCCAGGCAGUCCAGCAUCAUGGGAUCCUCCACUCAGGUCAUCCGCGACGGCGCUGUCUCCGUCCUCUUCUGCGUCCUCAUCGUCGCCUUGGGUCCCAUCCAAUUCGGCUUCACAUGUGGGUAUUCUUCUCCAACUCAAGGGGCUAUAGUACGCGAUCUAAAGCUCUCAGUUUCGGAGUUCUCUUUGUUUGGAUCUUUGUCCAAUGUGGGCGCGAUGGUGGGGGCUAUAGCAAGUGGUCAGAUAGCUGAAUACAUAGGGCGCAAAGGGUCGUUGAUGAUUGCUGCAAUUCCCAAUAUAAUAGGGUGGCUUGCUAUUUCUUUCGCCAAAGAUUCCUCGUUUUUGUUUAUGGGGAGGUUGUUGGAAGGUUUUGGCGUAGGGAUCAUCUCUUAUGUGGUGCCUGUAUAUAUAGCUGAGAUUGCACCUCAAAACAUGAGAGGUAGCCUUGGAUCAGUGAACCAGCUCUCUGUUACAAUCGGCAUUUUGCUGGCUUAUUUGUUGGGCCUUUUUGUCAACUGGAGAGUGCUUGCAAUUCUAGGAGUUUUGCCUUGUACAGUAUUAAUACCUGGAUUAUUUUUCAUUCCAGAAUCCCCCAGAUGGUUGGCCAAGAUGGGGAUGACAGAUGAGUUUGAGACUUCUUUGCAAGUGUUACGAGGAUUUGACACCGACAUAUCUGUGGAAGUGCAUGAAAUUAAGAGAUCUGUGGCUUCAACAGGAAAAAGAGCUGCAAUCCGAUUUGCAGAUCUCAAGAGGAAAAGAUAUUGGUUCCCCUUAAUGGUUGGAAUUGGAUUGCUUGUUCUUCAGCAAUUAACUGGCAUCAAUGGAGUUUUGUUCUAUUCAACUACCAUCUUUGCAAACGCAGGAAUUUCAGCUAGUAAUGCUGCUACAGUUGGACUUGGUGCCAUUCAGGUGCUAGCAACUGGAAUUGCCACAUGGUUGGUGGACAAAAGUGGGCGGAGGCUGCUUUUAAUAAUAUCCUCAUCUGUAAUGACAAUUAGCCUUGUCAUUGUUUCAACAGCAUUCUAUCUAGAGGGGGUUGUAUCAGAGGAUUCACAACUAUUCAGCAUUUUGGGAAUACUUUCUGUUGUUGGUCUUGUGGUUAUGGUGAUCGGGUUCUCUCUAGGCCUCGGACCCAUCCCUUGGCUGAUAAUGUCUGAGAUACUUCCAGUGAAUAUAAAGGGCCUUGCUGGAAGUAUAGCGACAAUGGGAAAUUGGCUGUUUGCGUGGGUGAUCACGUUGACUGCUAACUUACUUUUAAAUUGGAGCAGUGGAGGGACAUUUACAAUCUACGCAGCAGUAUCUGCCAUAACUAUUGCUUUUAUAGUGAAAUUUGUCCCUGAGACCAAAGGAAGAACAUUGGAAGAAAUUCAAUCAGAGGAUUCAAACAGAAAUUUGGGUUCAACACUAGCUAUGCCUUUGGGGGAGGACUAUGAGGAGGCUAGGAACCUUAGAAUACCUUUCGUCAACAACAACGCAGGAAAUGACAACCUCUUUGUUGUGCUAUGCGUUCUCCUCGUUGCGUUGGGUCCUAUCCAAUUCGGUUUCACGUGUGGUUAUUCAUCUCCAACACAAGCUGAAAUGAUUCGCGAUCUUAAUCUCUCAAUUUCAAGGUUUUCACUGUUUGGAUCUUUAUCUAACAUUGGUGCAAUGGUGGGAGCAACAGUCAGUGGUCAAAUAGCAGAAUACUUUGGACGUAAAGGGAGACCCACACAUAAUAAGUCACUAAUAGUCGCAGCAGUCCCAAAUAUAUUUGGAUGGCUCGCCAUUUCUGUAGCGAAAGAAGAAGAGACGAAGGAGAAGGAGGAGGAAGAGGACUUGUUUGAAGCUAUUCAUAUUACUCCAUUUGAAUUUGGUCCCAGUGAGGUGGAAUACAUGUGGUGUGGGAGACUUGUUGAAGGAUGA